AUGGAGAACCAUCGACUUCGGCGUAUAGUACGCCAGUCACUGCGCGGAACUGCGGCUAUAGUCACCAUAUUGCUGGCUAUUCAGUGGACUUUGAAGAGCUCCCCCAACAGCAAAGCCAACAAGUACAUCAACAGCCGACUGGGUACAAAUGGUGCAUCUUCGAACCCCCAGCCGCAUGGCACCGUCUGGGAGCUGAUAAAGAACGAUACCCGGGCAUCCAAGUUCGUCAAUGUGCUAGGAAAGUUUAAGAAUAUUGUGGCCGGUCUUGAUGCUGCGAAGGCCAGAUUUACUGUCUACGUCCCGACCAACGAAGCGUUUGAGAAGGAGAACUUUGCCUGGGAUCUGCCGUCCUUCUACUGGCUUUAUCUAAUUGGAUACCAUAUGGGUGCUGGAGCGCUCUCGCAAAAGGAUAUUUUGCAUACUACUACAGUGCCGUCUUUUGUCUUUGCGGACGUCUUCGAAACUUAUCGUCAACGCAUUAGCACGCAAAGGGUAGAUGGGGGUAAGGGCUUUACGUUGAACCAUGUAGCCCGCCCAGCUGCCUCUGAGAUGCCCGCGGUUAAUGGUUACGUCCAUCUGAUAGACCGCGUUCUCAUGAUGCCAGAAUCGACUUCUGAUCUCCUACGUGAUGACCCUAAUCUGAGCAAGCUACGUAAAGCUCUCAUCGAUACAGACGUCGCCGUGACAGUCAACGACACGUCCACCCAUCUUGGUCAAACAGUGUUUGCCCCUACCAAUAACGCCUUCGAUAAGCUAGGAACCAAAGCAAACCAGUUCCUUUUCAGUCCCUAUGGCAGAGAAUAUCUAAGGGCCCUACUGCAAUACCAUAUCGUUGCCAACCAGACCAUGUUCAGCAAUUACUUGUUCCCCCACAACGGAGAGGCACAGAUUCCACUAGAGAACGGGUCAAAGAUCCAUCUUCCGACUCUACUUCCGUCUCAUAAUCUGAGUGUGACGGUCGAGCUGGACGGCUCUCGAAAUUCCCCCAAGAUCAACAAUGCAGUUCGCAUCGAGAGCCCCGAUAUUGUGGUCAUGGACGGCGUGGUACAUAAGAUCAGCAAUAUCUUGCUGCCGCCAUUAUUGUCAAACGGAGAUGGUCCUAUCCCUGAACAAUCAUGGAUAAGCACUAUGGCAGAGUGGCUGCUAGGCACGUCAGGGGUGUCUGUAGGAGAGCUGAAAAAAAGACUAGAAAAUCUUGUUCUAGAGCCAUGA